CUGGAUAUGAAGCAACUCCACAGUGUUGCUGACUCCGACCCUAAAGUUCAAGAAAGUUGAAAGGAGCUCGCAUGGAGUGAGCAGGCAUUUAAAAGCUACAAUAUGGCAGCCAGACGCAAAUCUGCAUCCCGCCCUCAUCUGCCCCACAACCUCACCAAUCAAAAGCUGCUAAACCGCAGUCUUCCGGGUCGUUGAAGAACGUCGCACCGGCUCCCUCUGUGCGCUUAGUAGCAGCCGAGGAGCAAUGGUGCUCGGAUGCGUCCGGAGGCGCGUCGGUGUUUCGGGUUUCACGGUGGAGCAGAUGAGAUGCCGGGGAAUAUGAGCAAAGAGGACGCCCCGAGUAGGAGCGCUUCUUUGACGUUCACCAUAGACAACAUCCUCAACCUGAAGCAGCGGGACGCCGGAGAUUUGGAGCAGAGGGACGGUGGGUGCAAGAAGGAUUUUCAAGCGCGGUGUGAUGAAGUGUGGGACGUCCGGAGGAGACACUGCAGCGGAUCAGACGAGACAGCGCAAACGAAGCCCAGAGUUCAUCGUACGGACCGCGGGGAGAACACCCCGCCGCUGACCGCAGGCUCCUGUCCCGGGGCGCAAAGUACGCACACCGCGGAGGAAGAGCCCGAGCAACAACAACAACAACAACAACAACAGAGCACCGUGGACACUAAAGCCAUGGUCAAGAAGAAAACGCGCACCAUCUUCUCCAAGAGACAGAUAUUUCAGCUGGAGGCAACUUUUGACAUGAAGAGGUAUCUGAGCAGCUCGGAGAGAGCGUGCCUCGCCAGUUCCCUGCAGCUCACCGAGACUCAGGUGAAAAUCUGGUUUCAGAACCGCCGCAACAAGCUGAAGAGACAGUUAUCCACGGACAUAGAGGGCCCGCUGGCCGCGGAGCACCUCUCCGAGGCAGGGAAAAACGUGCAAUUACCGACUUUUUACAAAGACAGCAGUCUGCUGGGUGGAUGUUUGUUACCCAUGCCUUUCCCCGUGGUGUACCCGACUGCGAACGCUACGCCUUACAUCUACUUCUCCAACACUAGCAAAUAUUUUGGCCUGUUUGACGCAGACGGAUGAGUUCCUCUGUUUGGGAAGACAGUGUGUGGACAGUCGGACAUGCAGGCAGCUUCACAGGCCUGUCACCUCUUUUUUUUUUUUAAUUCAACUUUGAUGUCAACUAAUCCAAGACAUGCAUGUGACA